AGGUUGGCUCAAGCGGCUGAGCUCCAUUUCGCCAGCCCCAAGUAGGUCGCCACAGUUCAUGUCAGCUUCGAUGUGGCAAGCUUCGUACCAGUACCCGGGCCCCCUGCUGGUGCGGAACACCUUCAUCGACGACCCCAACGGACGCCUGGACUCGCUGGAAGGCUUCCUCCACGAGCGCCAGGCCUUCUCCUGCCCCGUGAGCCGAAUCUCUGAGCCGGGGAGCGGAGUUGAGGGGGCCUUGCCGAAGCCCACGGAGGUCCCGGAGGAUGAGGUGACUGACAAGUCCAACACUGCGCAGGCGAGCACUGAGGCCUCGGGCGAGCCGGACGAGGGCUCGGACUGCUCCACGGUGGACACGGGGAAUCGCGUGUCCUCCACCCCGGACCUGCCGAACCCGGCGGUGUGGGCGAUGCCUGCAGCUUCGGAGGUGCAGCCGUUCUAUCCGGCCAUGGGAGGCUAUCCCUUCGCCUACAUGCCCGCGGGCCCGGCGCCCACUUUGCCGGCGGAGACGCUGCCGCCCCCGCCGGAGCAGGCGCCCUCGGCGCCGCAGGUGCUGCGGCUCCAAGACGCCUUGGGCCAGAAGGACGCCGAGGAUCUCAGCGCCGCCCAGCAGGUGCACCAGGCCGCCGCCGCCGCCGCGGCGCAGGCGGUCACUGCCAGCCACGAAGAGCAGGUGCUUGCUGCCAAUGCCUUCGCAUCUGCAUCCAGUCUCUUGCAGCAGAAGGACGCGGGGGCCAGCGCCGAGCUGCCCAGCGCCGGCAGCUCCGGGCACCAAGCGGGCCAGUGCAGGCCUUGUGCUUUCUGGACCACGAAGGGCUGCUCCAGUGGCCAAGACUGUCAGUUCUGCCACCUCUGCGCUCCUGGCGAGAAGAAGCGGCGCCAGAAGGCGAAGCGCGCGUUCUUCGGCGCGCUCUCCGAAAUGCAGCGGUGCUUGUCCCUGGGGGGCGACGCGCCCGCGGUUUGAAGCGACACAAGCCGGGCUCCGAUCGAGGGGUGGCGAACUCGGGGUUCCA